UUGCGAUUUUCACCCAAAAAAAAAAAAAAAAAACUCUAAUUGAACAAUUUUUCACCGUGAGUACUGAACAAACAAAAUCAUCACUACAAAAUUUUGAAAAUCUUCGUCUUUUGAUGGAUCUUCGUCUUCGUCUUCUUCGUCCUAUUUGAAUUGUCUCCGCACACGAGAGUUGAAAUUCCCGAUUUUUUUUUUUUUUUUUUGAAGUUUUGGGGUCUCCGGGUCGUUGAGGGUUUUAUUCAGAUCUCACGAUGAGCGUUGCCAAAUCCCAAGUAUGGCAGCCAUGCAAGAAGAAGAGGUUCUCCUCCUGAAGAAGAUUCAAUAGAGAUCUCUAAUUUUUAUAUAUAUCUAUAUCUAUAGAAGCGUACGAGAUUGAGAUUGAGAUUGAGAUUGAGAUGGCUUCUCGAACAACACCUUCACGAUCGACUCCUUCUCGAUCGACGCCUUCUGGUAAUGGUUCUUCAGGUGGUAGGACACGAGUUGGUAAGUAUGAGCUUGGGAGAACUUUGGGUGAAGGAACCUUCGCUAAGGUCAAAUUCGCUAGAAAUGUUGAGAAUGGUGAUAAUGUUGCCAUUAAGGUUAUUGAUAAAGACAAAGUUACCAAAAAUAAGAUGAUCGCUCAGAUCAAACGUGAGAUUUCAACAAUGAAAUUGAUCAAGCACCCAAAUGUGAUCCGUAUGUUUGAGGUGAUGGCUAGCAAAAGUAAGAUCUAUUUCGUUUUGGAAUUCGUGACUGGUGGGGAGCUUUUCGAUAAAAUUUCAAGCAAUGGGAGGUUGAAGGAAGAUGAGGCGAGGAAGUACUUCCAACAGCUUAUUAAUGCGGUUGAUUAUUGUCAUAGCAGAGGAGUUUAUCAUAGAGACCUUAAGCCAGAAAAUUUGCUUCUGGAUGCUAGUGGUGCUUUGAAAGUGUCUGACUUUGGAUUGAGCGCUCUACCUCAGCAAGUUCGAGAGGAUGGGUUACUUCACACAACAUGCGGAACACCCAAUUAUGUUGCUCCGGAGGUAAUCAAUAACAAAGGUUAUGAUGGAGCGAAGGCUGAUUUGUGGUCUUGUGGAGUAAUUCUCUUUGUCUUAAUGGCUGGUUAUUUACCUUUCGAAGAUUCUAACCUGACCUCUUUAUAUAAAAAGAUUUUCAAAGCAGAGUUUACCUGCCCUCCCUGGUUUUCUGCAAGUGCUAAGAAGUUAAUCAAAAGAAUUUUGGAUCCCAGUCCAGCAACAAGGAUUACAUUUGCUGAGGUCAUUGAAAAUGAGUGGUUCAAAAAAGGGUAUAAAGCACCUAAAUUUGAGAAUGCUGAUGUCAGUCUUGAUGAUGUUGAUGCAAUCUUUGAUGAUUCAGGGGAAUCUAAGAAUCUUGUUGUGGAGAGGCGAGAAGAAGGAACCAAAACACCAGUAACUAUGAAUGCUUUUGAGCUCAUCUCAACAUCCCAGGGUCUCAAUCUCGGUUCACUUUUCGAAAAACAAAUGGGGCUUGUGAAACGGAAAACUCGAUUUACUUCCAAAUCUUCGGCUAAUGAGAUAGUUACAAAAAUUGAGGCUGCGGCAGCACCUAUGGGGUUUGAUGUCAAGACAAAUAAUUACAAGAUGAAGCUGACAGGAGAGAAAUCAGGCCGCAAGGGGCAGUUGGCAGUUGCCACUGAGGUUUUUCAAGUUGCUCCAUCUCUUUACAUGGUUGAAAUGCGAAAAUCAGGGGGUGACACCUUGGAAUUCCACAAGUUUUACAAGAACCUUACAACGGGACUCAAGGACAUUGUUUGGAAAACCAUCGACGAAGAGAAAGAGGAAGGAACCGAUGUUUCAGGUGGUACUAAUGGUGCCAUGGCUAACGAGAUAGCUGCGAAACAGCCAGCAUAAGCUGUUUACUUUUUCUAAUAUAGAUUUUGUUCGUUUUUAAAGUACUAUAGUGGUGGGUGGGGGUUGCGAGUGGUUUUGAAGUUAUACAAAAGAAAGUAAACAGCGUAUGCUGGCUGUUAUACAAAGAAAGCGUAAAGAAGUGAAGCAAAGCAGUUUGAAACUAUAUUGGGGAUUAUUGAUAUUUAAAUUUGUUUGAUUCCAUGGCAUGUUGUGAAUAGCUUGCGUGUUGCGAGUAUCUUAGCUUGAAUCCGAUAAACCGGAAAGUAAAAGCUUUACAGAUUUGUUAAUUUGAGAAUCGAUUUGCCAUUUGUUCCCUAUCGGUUUUCACUUUGGAUAUUUGUACAGUGAAAGUCAAAUUGAUUCUGUCUGCAAAUGUAAAAAAGAAAAAUCUCUUGUGUGUGAA